GCGCCCUGGCUGGAGUGCCACGGCGCCAGUGUGACCAUGCGUCCACGCACCAGGCGAUCCCCAGUAUGGAGCAAUGGCGAGGUGCUGGACCUCAUCAGUGUUUGGGGGAGGAAGCUGUCCAGUCCCAGCUGCACUUCAGCCGUAGGAAUUACGAUAUCUUUGGGCAGAUAUUAAGGGCCAUGAUAGAAAGGGGCCAUGACUGGAACACACUGCAGUGCAGGGUUAAAGUGAAAGAGCUGUGGAAUGCCUACCACAAAGCCCAUGAGGCAAACUACCGCUCUAGUGGUGCCCCCACGACCUGCCAUUUUUACAAAGAGCUGGACACGAUACUUGGGAGUGACCCCACCUCCACUCCAAAGAUCACCAUGGACACUUCAGAGCCCAGUUCAACAAGGCAAGAGGAGGAGUACAGUGGGAGUGAGGGUGCUGAGGAGGAGGGAGACAACCCAGCAUCCCUAGAUGCAUGCAACCAGAAGCUGCUCUCAAGCCAGGAGGAGGGUAGCCAGUCACAGUGGACGGUUCUUGGGGAAGAAAAAACACCAGAGGAGGUGCCUGAUGUAACCUUGAGAUCCCAGCCGUCCUUGUUAUCAAAGGCCAAAAGACUCCAAAGAAUCAGGAAGCAUCUACAAAGAAGCAAAGAGGACAUGCUGCAUGAGGUCAUGCAGCAGUCCUUUAAUGAAAAUCAAAAAGUGCACAAGUGGCAGGAGAGUGAAAGGAGGGUCCGUCAGCAGAAUGCAGAUCGCCAGCACCAAAGCACAGAGUGGCUGCUAAGCAUCAUGGAGCGCCAACUGGACUCGAUCCAGGCUCUCAUAGCAAUGCAGACAGGGCACUUCUACGCCCACCCUCCCUUCUGCCCUUGUUCCAAAACUCUUUCCCUUGUGCCCCCAUGUCACCUCCAACCCACUUUCCCCAAAAUCCAGGUUCUUAUCACCACCAGCUGCCUUCAACACUUGUAGCUUCACCACCAAGCCCUGAAAACUACUACCAUUACCCACUGCACUCAACCCCCAUUGCCAUGCAGUGUAGCCAUCCUGAAGUGCAACACUCAUUGCAUGGCACUCCAGACAGGAAGGCUGAGUAUGAUAACAGGACAUAUGCAAAUUUGUGAUUGUCCUGUUCCCCACCCGACCCCUUGCUCUUUCUG